AUGCUUAAAAGAGAUGAAUCAAUGCGUUUUCAGCAAGCUAUCGUUACUCUUGAUGGCGAGAAAGAUCGGCUCCAGUCUUGUCUAGAUGACAAGACGGAAGAGUGUCAUAAUCUUCAGCAAAUCAACACAGAAAAUGAGACUCGUCUCUCCGAAGCACGAGUAGGCAUGCUUUGCUAA